CGCCAUCACGGUCACAGGUGGAAGCAAAGACACAAAAAGCAUCAGGUAGUCUAGAUACAUCUAGAUGGGCAAAUGCAUUCCAGCCAGCUUACUCAUCAUCACUCACAUCACUUACAUCAGUAGCAUCCUCAUCAGCCAAGUAAGGCAUCUUUUAAAAGCCACAAUUAUUGAAAAAAGGCACCCACAGGAACCAUAGCUGCUAGCGGUAUCAUUUUUCAACCCUGAGUGGACAACAACAAACAUGAGAAUGAAGUUCCAGGCAUCCGUGAUCUUGUCCCUAUGUUCUCUGUCAGCUUGGCAGCUCCAGGAUACCCAUUGGGGUAUCCAAGCCUUUGUCCCUCUUCAUCGCCACUACUAUCAUCACCACAAUAAGGCAGUAGUUCCAACCAUCACCACAAGAAGAGCCGAAUCUGCUACCGAUACUGCUACUGCUACUACUGUCAAUGGGGACGCAGACGACGACGAAACUGUGGCUACCGAAGCCGAAACCAUUGCUCCACCCGUCCUCGAAACCAAAGCUUCCUUUUCCGUUGACACCACCACCAGCGAGUUUGGGAAUCCCGUACAUACACUCACUUUUGAAUCCAUUCCGGGACAAGAAGUGGGCGUACCACCCAUCACCAUGGAAACUGGAAAAAUCGGGAGACAGGCAGCAGGAGCCAUUGUCUUGACACGAGGUGACACGGUCUUGUACGCCACGGCAGCACGGGAUCAUGCCCCCAAAGAUAAUAUCGACUUUUUACCACUCUCGGUAGAACAUCAAGAACGAUUUUCAUCCGCCGGGUUGACGUCGGGAUCGUACAACAAACGCGAUGGACGACCCGCCGAACACGAAAUUUUGACCUGUCGACUCAUUGAUCGACCACUGCGACCACUCAUUAAUAGUGGAUGGAGACACGAAACGCAACUCUUGAAUUGGGUACUCAGUUACGAUGGCAUUCGAUCCUGUGAUCCAUUGGCCAUUAUAGCCAGUGCCGCCGCACUCUAUAUCAGUGACGUGCCGCUCACCAAACCAGUCGCAUCGGUCAAUGUGGGCUAUGUUAACGAACAACUCAUUAUCAAUCCCAGCAAUGAACAGAUGGAAUCCAGUCGAUUGCAUUUGACCGUCGCGGGGACCAAAGAUGGAAUCAUGAUGAUUGAGGGAGCAGCCGACUUUUUACCCGAAAAAAUCAUGAUUGACGCCGUCAAAUUCGGUCAUGACGCCAUUAUCGGACUCUGUGAUGGUAUGGAAGCCUUGGGCAAACUCGUGGGCAAGGAGAAAAAAAUCGAUACCAUCAAACCACCCGUGGAGGGAUUGCAGGAACGAGUGGAUGCACUCUUUACCGAACGAGUCGAUGCCAUGUACACGGGUGGCGGGAGCAAAGAAGAGAGCGGUAAAACCAUGUGGGAAUUGCAAACAGCCGUCGUGGUUGAGUUGGAAGAGGAAUUCCCCGAGGAAGCAAUUGCCAUCAAGGUUGCCUUUAAGGAUCUGUUGUGUCGUCGCAUGUUUGUGUUAGGCAAAGAAAAAGGACUUCGGUGCGAUGGAAGACAACUCGAUGAGAUUCGAAAACUGAACAUGGAGGCUGGAUUCCUCCCACGAGUGCAUGGAUCGGCUAUCUUUACACGUGGAGAAACGCAAGCAAUUGCUACGGCAACUUUGGGGGAUUCCGGUAUGCGCCAAAAGAUUGACAAGAUUGAUGGACAGGAGCAAAAGAGAUUCUACUUGCAGUACACAUUCCCACCCAGUUGUGUAGGUGAAACGGGCCGUGUGGGUGCUCCCGGUCGGAGAGAAGUCGGUCAUGGAAACCUGGCAGAGCGCGCCUUGAUUCCAACGUUGCCAACCGAAGGAGAUUUCCCCUACACUAUUCGCGUGGAAUCCUUGAUCACCGAAUCACAUGGAUCAAGUUCAAUGGCAAGCGUUUGUGGAGGCUGCCUGGCUCUGAUGGAUGCAGGAGUGCCAAUCAAGAGCCCUGUAGCAGGAGUUGCCAUGGGAAUGCUUUUGGGCGACAAAGAAGGUGUUUCUGAUGAAAAUGCCAUCAUUCUUACGGAUAUCCUGGGCACGGAAGAUGCCCUGGGAACAAUGGAUUUCAAAGUGGCCGGAGACAGAGAAGGAAUCACAACGUUUCAACUCGACAUCAAAUGUGAAGGCUUGACAUUGCAGACAAUGGAGCGUGCCCUGGAACAAGCCAGAGUGGGAAGAUUACACUUGCUUGACGAAAUGGAAAAGACACUACCAAAACCACGAGAAGUGUUGCCACCAACUGUCCCGAAAAUGCGAACAUUUGAAAUUCCCUUCGAGUCAAUAGGCAAAGUCAUUGGUCCUGGAGGCAAACAAAUUCGUGCCAUCAUUGAGGAUAAUGCAUUGGAAAAUAUGGACGUUAAGGAUGAUGGAACCAUUCAACUUUCAGGUUUCGACAUGGAAAAGUUGGCGGAGGCGGAAGAGUUUGUCAAGCUUUUAAUUGCAGGAGGAGGAGGCCGAGGCAACAGACCUGGAGGAGGCAGGUCUGACAAACCACCCUAUAAAGGUCCAGAUCCAGUAGAAGGUGAAACCUACAAGGGUAAAAUCACCGGUAUCCACAACUUUGGUGUGUUUUUGGAGUUCCUUCCAGGUGCCGAAGAUGGCUCCUACCCUGGACUGGAGGGGUUGUGUCAUGUCUCAGAGCUUGCUGGUGAGCGCGUCCGCAACUGCGAAGGCUUCAUGAGGUCGAUGGGCGUGGAUGAAUUAGAAGUGAAGUACAUGGGUCAAAACAAGGGCAAACACCAACUGAGUCGAAAGGCUGUUCUUGAGGAAAAAUAUGGCGGAAAGAAAAGCCGACCGCCGCCAAAGAAGGAUUCAGCUCCAGCUGUGGCGAAGAUGCCAGCGGAUGAAAUUGAUGUAAUUGCAAAAGCCAUCGAGGGCAUUGCAGAUUAGUUUGAAACCGAAACGCAUCCAAGCAAGCUUUCCUUCAUAGACUAGCUACUCUGCGUUCUAUUCUGGCUAUCAGAUCUAUCUCUGUAACUUUUAAAUCUCUACAUGUCAUCUACCC